GGAUUCAGCAGAGUGAAUGAGGAGGAGAGAGAGAGCGGGAUGCUGACAGAUUCCUGAUAGAUGGUUAAAAUGGCGAAAGCUUGUUCGACCCCAGCGAGCCACCAAACUGUAGCACUGUAGGUCGGAAUAUGUAGUAGCUGAAGCUGGAUAUAUCUGUGUGCUUGUUUUUUUUAAAACCCCCUCCCGUCUAUUCACCUCACGUUGUUUUCUGCGAGUGCUGGAAUAUUUUUGAAGUGUUUAAAUGGCAUCCACAAGGCGCCGCCGCCUUGUUCCGUGCUUUUUGGGAAUACUCCUAAAUGCUUUAAUCGGUGUGACGUGCGAAGCGGAGCUCUCCUUCACCCUGGAGCCCAGUGACAUCAUUGCGGUACAGAAGCAGCCCCUCAUGCUCCACUGCCAGGUGGACGGCAUUCCCCCAAUUACAACACAGUGGAGGCAUAACGGCCUGCUUUUAACUCAGGACCAGCAUCAUACCACUUUCAUCAAUGGCUCGCUCCUGAUCGCUUACUUCCUGAAGACCAAAUCUGACGGCUCAUCUGACGAGGGGGACUAUGAGUGUGUGGCCCAGAAUUCUUUUGGGCUGGUGGUGAGCCGUAAGGCCCGCGUUCAGGCAGCCACCAUGGCAGACUUCCAUGUACAACCAGAGUCAGUGCAUGCUGAAGAGUCUGGUAUAGCCAGAUUCCAGUGCCAGAUCCAUGGUCUGCCGGAGCCUGUUAUCAGCUGGGAAAAAGACGGCCGUCCCGUGGACACCAAGGACGAGAGGUACACUCUCCUGCCCACAGGUGUUCUGCAGAUUACAGGAGUGCGUGAGGAGGACAGUGGAAAGUUCUGCUGUGUGGCCCAUAACAGUGCAGGAGUGAAACACAGCACUGAGGCACUCCUCACUGUUUCAGGCUCCCAGUCAUCUGUUUACAAAGAGCCUGUGAUCCUUGUCGGUCCAGAAAACCUCACGCUCACAGUUCACCAAACCGCCAUCUUGGAGUGCGUUGCUACCGGAUACCCUCGGCCCAUCGUGUCUUGGAGCAGACUUGACGGCCGUCCCAUCGGUGUGGAGGGAAUCCAGGUACUCGGCACGGGGAACCUGAUGAUCUCAGAUGUUGGUGUGCAGCACUCAGGAGUCUAUGUGUGUGCUGCUAAUAAACCCGGGACCCGUGUUCGUAGGACCGCUCAGGGACGUCUUGUAGUCCAAGCUCCUGCAGAGUUUAUUCAACCCCCGCAGUCCAUUGCUCGGCCUGUCGGCACCACCGCCAUCUUCACCUGCCAAGCCCAGGGCGAACCUGAGCCCCAGCUCACCUGGCUGAAGAACGGGCAGAUACUGGAACCCGGGGGACACGUCAAACUCAGGAACAACAACAACACACUGACGAUAUACAGCAUCAGCCAGGACGACGAGGCUAUCUACCAGUGUAUCGCAGAGAACAGCGCCGGCUCCACACAGGCCAGUGCACGCCUCACGGUGCUCUGGGCUGACGGCCUGCCCGGUGUGCCUGUCCACGUGCAGGCUGAGGCGCUCUCACCCACCACCAUCCAGGUGUCCUGGAGGGAGCCCGAGCAGAACACUCAGGACAUCAUCGGUUAUGUGCUCCACAUCCGCAGGACCUCAGACCCAGCGGAGAUGGAGUAUGAGGAGGCUGUCAGUAAGUUGACACUGCAGCAAAACAUCAGAGAUCUGGAGCCUUCCACCAGUUACACCUUCUACGUCAAGGCCUACACAUCCCACGGGGCCAGCAAACCAUCAGCCAGUGUUACCGAGAGCACUCAUGGGGAGGUGCCAGCGCCUCCUUCCCUCUACACCAAGGUGGUGAACAGUAGCGUUGUGCAAGCAAUGUGGGAGGCUUCCUCUAAGAUGGGUCAACACCAAGGCUUCAGACUGUAUUUCAGAAGAGCCCACACACCACAGUUCACCGGUCCCAUCAUCCUACCUCGCAACAUCACCCAGUACAACAUCACUCAGCUUGAUUCCUCACUGGUCUAUGAAAUAAAACUACUUGCAUACAACCAACACGGAGAUGGCAACGCCACCAUGCGAUUUGUUUCACUUCGGGAGGCGGUGGAGAAAUCUGUGUUGGACAUCCCAUGUGACUGUGUGAAAGACGAACAGAGCAAAACAUCCACUACAGGCAUCAUUAUCGGCAUACACAUCGGAGUCACCUGCAUCGUCUUCUGUGUGCUCUUCCUCGUCUUCAGUUACCGGGGCAGGUUAAUGAUGUGUAAGACGGUUCAGGCCACCCCCGAGGCAGGGCACAGCGCGGUGCUAGAAUCCUCUACCUCUUCCCAGGGGGUCUCCGGGCUGAACGGGGCUGCCAGGAGAGAGAUGGAGGUCAACGGCAGUGCAGCGGGGAAGAAAGUGGUCGACAGCAACGAGCUCGAGAGACUUUUCACUCAACCCAACACACAAGAUACAUGCAUGUCUGACAGAUCUCUUGUCUCCUACGCGCUGAAUGACACCCAGCUGUCUACAAUACCGUUGGACGAGUUCACCAUGGAGCGGGAUAUUGAGACGCAGUUCCAGGAGCCUCCGGCAGCAGGAGCGGGUCGGCAGGACCAAGGCUAAUCAAUGUAUGAAGGCCAAUUCACACGGCACUGUCUGCAGUGUCCACUUAGACUCUUCUCUCACUCAGGUUGACAAGUGUUUCCUUUCAAAGUAGUUUUUCCUUUUGUGCAAAGAUUUUUUUAUUGGUAAGUUAAGAGGUUCUAGAGGAUCUAGGACUGUAUAUUGGAGUGUUUUUGGCCUGGGGCUUUGGAGAGCUCUCUUCAGUUGGACGGCUGUUUUCAGCCAGGCAGGCCAGUUAAGUGUUCUUUACUUUCACCAUUUGGUCUUUUGUUAAGUUUCUGGUGUUGGGCAGCACACAGAAUAGAGGCCCCAGAAUGUCCUUGUUAUACAAUGAUGAUUUUAUUUUUAAGUUUAUAAAUAUAUAUAUACAUAUAUAUCUUUAUCACCUAUAUGUCAAAGUGGUUAUAAGUUAUUGGUCUUAUCUCUACUUUUCUGUGGAUGUCAAAGACUCCUGCUGCCUGCUCUCACCUACCAAUGAUUCCACCUUCUCGCUCACAGAAGACCUCAGCCUUCUUCCAGGGAUUCGAUAUAUUCUGUCUCAGGACUUUGUUUCAGUGAUAUCAACAUUUUUUUAUGAGUUCUCGGCCUUCAUACAGGCACUAGACUUGGCUGUGUGAACCUUACGAUUCAACAAAAACCUACCUCAGCCGGAAUGAAUGUGUUGCGGGAAGCUUUUAGGGACUUUUAACUUCCCAUGUGUUCACAAUUACUUUACAUGCGGAGGAACUGAUUGGUCAGAGAAUUACAAGAUCAGGUGCCGCACUACCUCAGAUGUCAAGAAUCGUCUCUCUCCUCCUGCUUGUCGAAGCAAAAUGAGAAAAAAAAAAACAAAAAAAAACGAGUAUCCAACAUAAAGCACUUCCAAAUGCUGACGUUAAUGUUCUACCUCAAGAUAACAAUGUUAAUGUUGUCGCUGUUGUUGUUGUUGUUUGUCUGUUUAUUGCAUAAUGAAAAAACCCUCUUUUCCCCCCUCUGUGAAAUCCUGGCUUCCCUCUGUUGAUGAAUAUGAUGUUUGUAGAUACAAUGUCAGUACCUCAUGCAAGUUGACAGACUGAUAACACUGUUGUAUGGAUUACAGUAUGUUAGGGAUAUGUAUGAAUUAUGCUGUUCCAUUGUAAGCUCUUUUUAUUUAGAUUUUAUGUCACUUACAAGAUUAUAAUACUUUUUUUCAAGCAUAGUUGCUUCAGUUGAACGUAAACACCAUUAGAGAUACACUGCAUCGCUAAUGACAUUGUCCAGACUAUUUACCGCUAAAUGACAUGUGAUACAUAAUGUUCAAAUGGACAUACAUCAUAUAUGUAUCUACAAUUACUGCUAUGAUUGAAUUAUGUGUGCGUUUGUAUUUGUGAGUGUUUGUAUGUGUCAAAUAUGUUUUAUUGAGUGAGUGAGUAUUUUCAUUUAAGUGAUGUAUGUAAAAAAAAGAAGAAGAAAAAGCACAAAACUGUCCUGAAAACAUCAUUCCACUAUUGUUGGUGUAAUAACUUAAGGAAAUAGUUUGACAUUUUGGGAAGUUGGUUUUUCGGUCUCCUGCUGAGAGUUAGAUGAGAAGGUUGAUACCACUCUCAUGUAUAGAGCUGGAUGUAGGAGGUUAUUAGUUUAGCUUAGCAUAAGCUCUCACCUCUAAAGCUCACUAAUUAACAUGUUAUAUCUGGCUUGUGCAAUUUUACAAAAGACAAUAAUUACUUGGUGUUUGUAAAGUGAGUAACAUACUGUAACUACCUCUUGACUAGAAGUAGUCUGGUCUCGUCAUCACCGUGAGGCUCCUAGGUAACGUGUGUAGAUGUGCUUGGCAUCAAAUAGUUACAUGUCAUUUUUACAUUUCUGCUUGUGUACAAUCAAGGUAUAAUUUAUUAAUUAGUGAGCUUUAUUUUAGAGGUCUUUUAUUUUCAUACAAAUUUCCUGUAAUUUUUCUGAGUAAUUUGCAGAUAUUUAACAGUUAAUUUCAAGGGCAUUUGCAGAAAGGGAGGUGCAAUUUGGUGCAAAUUAUAAGAAAAGUUAAGUUGGUUUAGUUAGUAAGUACGCACUCAUUAUAUUUGGGUUCAUAGUUGUUAAACCCUUAAUAAAUUAGACUCUUAAUUAUUUAAACAACAGAAAAUACUUUGUUUGUAUUGGUAUUGGCAUUUUAGAUUCUUUCUUAAAAAAAUUAACAUUUACACAGCGACUACUUUUAAGAAAUUAUUUUUUAAAAAUUCAGGAAAUUAAUAGGAAAGUAAGAGAUCCAUAAAAUAAAGUGUUACUGAAAUUGUUUAUAGCAUUUUUAAGAAUGUGCAUAUAUAUUGUUUGACACACAAACUAUACACAGACAGUAUUUUCUGUCUGUUAAAGAAUUAAUAAGAUUUUUUACAAAUUAACAACUACAUAUGAAACUACAACUGAACUGACUUAACUUGUUUUCCAUUUUUCUUAUAAUUUGUACCAAAUUGCACCACCCUUUCUGUAAGAAAAAUGUACCGUUUAAUACCUGCAAAUUCCCAGGAAAUCAGUAUAAAAAUACUGUGAUCUUUGGAAAUGCUGGUAGGCGUAUUUUUGAACUUAGAACAGAGGCAGCCAAACUGCUUCUCACUGCUUCCAGUCUUUUUGCUAAGCUAAGCUAAGCUAAGCUAAUCACCUCAUGCCUCCAGCACCGUACUCAGACACAAGUAAGGUGUUAAUCGUCUUGUCUAACUCUCCGGAAAAGAAGUGAACAAACCCAAAAUUCUGAACUUUUCCUUUAAUCUAAAUUAGCAGCAGUGUAUCUCUAAUCUCAUUCGGGAUAUUUGAUCCUGCAGUGCUCUUAGUUUUCACGUCUCAUUUACUUGCCUCCUUUUAUAACAAAGGAGUGGCCUUUUACACUUCUGGUGCCCAGGAGACAUGACAGUUGCUGAUCAUGCUUGUCUAUCAUUACUCACUUCCCAAAACCACCGCUGCUGCUCAGCCUUCUCCCUCCUGUCAACACUGACCAGUAAAGGUGCUUCAGGAACACCAUGUUUAUAGUAACGCUGGAUGCUGACGACCACAGGCGGAGAGCUGGUUGAGGAGGAUAGAAGGUCGUCGGUUAAACGAUCGCAGGGCUUCUCUAUCCGGCUCUCUGCACUGUGGUGUCACAUAUUGUACAGGACUUGCUCUGAUGCAUUAUGGUUACCUACCUCAACACUGUUUUUGGCCUUUCUCUCAGGUCUUAAUGAAGGAAACAUACAGAGUACGAAUAAGAGAAUUACACACACAUAUAAAUGUAAAUAUAUUAUAAUUGUCGACAUGCUGGACAAGAGACAAAAAAAAGUAGACAGAAAGGGACACACACAAAUGGAGGGAGAACUUUUUAGGACUUUUAUCAUGGGCACUAACGAUUAAAACGGUUCAAGUUCAUGCUUAGUGUCUAGUGGAUGUGAAUGUGUAACUUUGUUUAUCAUCAGAUUUUUUUUGUUCUUCCAUAUCACAAGCUGUUAACUUUAUUUUUUUUUGUCACUGGUGUUUGACUGUAUAUCCGCUGUGGAAAGUUUACCUGUGAAUAAAGUAAACUGAGAAAAGUUAAA